AGCAGCCCACGAUUGGGGUGCUCGUGUUCCUGUUCGCCGCGAUAGGCCGACAUCUAGUUAUCUCACUCUCUUCAUCAUCAUCGUACGGUAACAAAGUUUAGUACCACAGGAGUUCAGGAGCCUGAGAGUUAGCAACUGGCCUUCGACACCAUUGUCAUGACCGAUCGUGCCUUUCCCCCUCUCGAAAGCCCUCUCAUUACACUCCCGCAACUAACCGACUUCCAAGCACGCAAUAAUCCAACCCUCCCAUGGGCCCUGUUCCCUUCGCGGGACCAUCCCGGCAAGGCCGAUGCAAUAUCGUACGCUCAGAUGGCCCAAGCAACCGAAAUUGUUGCCCACAUUCUUCGUCCUGAGCGAAGAGGCCCAGAGGACGAAGUGAUUGCAUUCAUAAUAAACACAGACAGCAUACUAUACGUUUCGAUUAUCAUAGGUGCCAUGAGGGCAGGCAUUGUGCCAUAUCCCAUGUCUCCCCGUAACUCUCCUGCCGCAGUCUGCGCAAUGCUCAGCGCCACCGGCUGUCGCCGCAUCAUUUACCACUCACACACUACGGAUCUGGUUGCGCAGGUCACAGCGACGAUGGCUGCACAAGGAGUUGACCUACAGCUCGACGAUCUUCCGUCCUACAUUACUGUAUUCCCUACUCAACCUGCACAUUCCAAUCUGUAUCCGACACGCCAAGUCGGUUCAGACCACAUAACAAUGUACUUGCAUUCAUCAGGAUCGACAGGAACCCCAAAAUCCAUCCCAUUCACAGAGAAUCGCCUCUGGCGAUGGCAUGGUCCUCAUUUUGAUGGCCAUAUCAGUAUCUCCUACGGGGGCAUGGGACUGCCCACGUUCCAUCCUUUCGGAUUCUUAGUGCACGUGUUUUAUCCUGCUGUGAGCUCAUAUCCAAUCGCCGUCUAUGCGCCACAAGACCCUCGUCCUCCGAUAGUCAGCGACCCUCAGAGCGUACUUGAUGUUGCCAAGCUGACCAGAUGCACCGGAUUAUACUCCGUCUCGUCCUUUAUCGAGAUCUAUGGAGGCGGGCCGCUGUCUCAGUCGACCGGAUCGAAGCUGGCUAAGGCUGGUGUCAAGCUGUAUUGCAGCUACGGCGGAACAGAAUUUGGCUCACCAGCGAAGGUGUGGGACGAGUCCCCCAGCGCACACCCCACGUCCGACGUCGACCCGGCGUGGCAAUAUAUCCAGUUCUCCAAAACCGCCACUCUUCGAUGGGAACCACAGGAUGACGGCACAUACGAGUUAGUUAUUCUGGAAAACAGUAGUUACGAACUGGCCAUGUACAACGUUCCCGGUGAGAAGGCCUACGCCACGUCAGAUCUGUUUGAGCCGCACCCGACACGAGAGGGCCUCUGGCGCAUUGUGGGGCGCAAAGACGAUGUUUUGGUGUUGAGCACAGGAGAAAAGAUCGUCCCCAUCCCUCAGGAAAGCCAUAUCUCGUCCUGCGGGAUCGUGAAGGGGUGCGUCAUGUUUGGGCGCGAGAGGGAACUGCCCGGUAUCAUUGUCGAGCCAAGUGCGCCUCUCAAUCUGGACAACGGUGCCGCACUCAUGGACUUCAGAAACAGUCUCUGGCCUUGCGUGGAAGAGGCGAAUGCAGAUGCCCCUGCGUUUGCUAGGAUUUUCCAAGAGAUGGUCAUCGUUACCGAUCCGACUAGGCCUCUUCCACGCGCGGCGAAGGGUUCCGUCAUCCGUAAACAGGCCAUCUCCGUCUAUGAUGUAGAAAUCCGGUAUCUGUACGAAGUCAUUGCCACUGGAACUGGUGUGCGAGAUAUCACACACCCAAGGACAUGGGAAGAAGAGGAUCUUGUACCCUGGCUACUUGAACAGGCGACCUCUAUCAACGGUGGCAAAGUACCGGAGAUCGAAAGCAGCCUGUUGGAACAAGGCUUCGACAGCCUAAGCACAACACUUUUACGCAAUCGCAUUACCGCCAGUAUGCGGUCGUCUGACGAUCCGCUAGCCAGUCAAGCCAGCUCGGGCAUCUCACCGAGCCUGCUCUUCCAACACCCCACCAUACGGGAGCUUGCCUCUUUCCUCGCAUCUUCUGUUUGCUUCUCGUCGUUACACAGUCGGGGUCACAUCGCCUCCAGUGCAUCUGUGGACGAAGUUCGUGACUUGAUCUCCUUGCAUUGCAGCGAGAUGCCGCAGAGCGUUCCCGCAGUACCCGUGCUCGAAGGCGAGGGUGCAGUCGUCCUGUUGACCGGUGCGACAGGCAACAUAGGCUCCCAUAUUCUCGCUUCGCUGCUCCACGACAGCCGCACCCUCCGAGUCUAUGUAUUGCUCAGAUCUUCGAACAAUGGACUCGAGCGUCUGCGGACCACAUUGUCUGAGCGGGGGCUCCCAGUCACGCCGCAGGACGAGGCACGUCUCACAGUGCUCGUCGGCGACACCACAAAGGAGAACUGGGGCCUCGACCACUCAACUUAUGAACAGAUCCUGUCUUCCGUCACCCACAUUGUUCACAACGCAUGGACCGUCGACUUCAACCUUCCCCUUCGGUCAUUUCACUCCCAUAUCGCUGGUGUUCGUGCACUAGUGGAUAUGUGCGCAAGGUCUCGCAGAACGAUCAAGAUCAUCUUCACGUCGUCGAUCAGUGUUGCAAGCAAAUGGGAAGGGUCGAAGGGUGCGGUGCCCGAAAGCGUCAUAGACGACCCGGAAAUUGCAAUCGUUUCAGGAUACAGUGCCUCGAAAUAUGUGGCGGAACAGGUCCUCUGUGCCGCGGUGGCGAACGGCGUCCAAGCGACGACGGUCAGGAUGGGCCAAGCAUGCGGGUCUAUUGCUACUGGAUCAUGGGAUACGACAGAAUGGUUUCCUAUCAUGGUGAAGUCGAGCGUUGCUCUCGAGAGUCUUCCGGAUAUGCCUGGAAAUGUCGAUUGGGUACCGCUUGACGUCAUUGGACAGGUAUACACCGAUUGGGUAUUUUCGAAGGACCCACUCCCCCCUCUGGUGAAUUUUGUUCAUCCGAAGAGAACACCAUGGACAGUCAUCUUGCAAGGUCUUGAGGAAGGGCUCGCCGGACACAUUCCGCUUGUGCCAUUAUCGAAGUGGGUAGAGCAAGUAGAGGCGCUCUCAACGAGCGCGACUGCCCAGGACAUGGAUCGUAUCCCUGCAAUCAAGCUUAUUGCAUUCUUUCGGAGCAUAGCUUCUCAGCGUGACUCCGGCGUUGAAGAAGACAUGUUGUAUGCAACAUCGGUGUUAGAGAGCUCAAGCCCGACGGUCCGCGCGCUGGCUCCACUGACUCAAGCACACGCUACGAUGUGGGUGAAAUACUGGAAGUCAAACGGAUUUAUUCCGUCCUAAACAAUAGCUUGUGCAUCUGUAUCCGUAUGGUGUACUUUGGCCGUGAUCAAUAAAGCAGGCUGCUGCAAACCUAUCGAGCUCUCCUCGCCCGCAUUCGCGAG